AAGUGACGCGUCCGGCCUUGAGGCGAGCGAGGCGUGCGGGAGGGAGAGUCGGCGCCCCGAUGGGCCUUCGUGGGCCGGGCCUGCACUUCCUGCGGCGCGCCAGCGGAGUGAGGGCGUGAGUGAGGGAGGGAGCGAAGAGGGGCGGCGAAGAUGGCGCCUCCCCCGCCGCCGCCCGCGCCGCCCUCGCCGCCCGCUCCCCCGCCGCCCUCGGAGCCGCCGCCGCCUGGCCCUGCUCCUGGCCCUGCGCCUCCUCCUCCUCCGCCGGGCGGUGCCGGGGUGCUGCGGGUGCCGGCGCUGUGCCUGGCGUGGUACGCGCUGAGCGCGGGCGGGAACGUGGUGAACAAGGUGCUGCUGGGCGGGUUCCCGCGCCCGGUGACGGUGUCGCUGUGCCACGUGCUGGGCCUGGUGGCGCUGCUGCCGCCGCUGCUCCGCGCCUGGAGGGUGCCCGCCGCCGGCCCCGCCCAGCUCCCGCCCCGCGCCUACCCGCGCCUCAUCCUCCCGCUCGCCUUCGGAAAGUACCUCGCCUCCGUCUCCGCCCACGUCUCCCUCUGGAGGGUGCCCGUCUCCUACGCGCACACCGUGAAGGCAACCAUGCCCAUCUGGGUGGUCCUGCUGUCCAGAAUCAUCAUGAAAGAAAAGCAGACGACCAAGGUCUACCUCUCGCUCGUGCCCAUCAUCGGUGGGGUGCUGCUGGCCACCGUCACGGAGCUCUCCUUCGACACCUGGGGCCUGGUCAGCGCCCUGGCCGCCACCCUCUGCUUCUCCCUCCAGAACAUCUUCUCCAAGAAGGUCUUGAGAGAUUCGCGCAUCCAUCACCUCCGCUUGCUGAACAUCCUGGGCUGCCACGCCGUCUUCUUCAUGAUCCCGACGUGGGUCCUGGUGGAUCUGUCUUCCUUCCUGGUCGAGAAUGACCUGAGUUCGAUGGCGCACUGGCCGUGGACCAUGCUGCUCCUGGCCAUCUCGGGCUUCUGCAACUUUGCCCAGAACGUCAUUGCCUUCAGCAUCCUCAACCUGAUCAGCCCGCUGAGCUACUCGGUCGCCAACGCCACCAAGCGCAUCACCGUCAUCACCGUCUCGCUCAUCAUGCUCCGCAACCCCGUCACCAGCACCAACGUGCUGGGCAUGAUGACCGCCAUCCUGGGCGUCUUCCUCUACAACAAGACGAAGUACGACGCCAGCCAGGAGGCCAAGAAGCAGCAGCAGCAGCUCCUCCCGCUCACGACGGGCGACGUGGUGGGCCUGGAGCACCACCAGCAGCAGCAGCAGCAGCGCCGCAUUGCCUUGGAGAAGGCCCAGAACGGCAUGGGCUCCUUCGGCCACCACCACCACCCGCUCCACCACCACGGGGACUUCCAGUACGGAGGCCGGGGGGGCGUCCUGGCCGACCACUUCCAGUACGGCCGGCAGAACUACCCGAACUUGUACGGCUCCAGCCGCUACGACAUCUAGGCUUCCCGGCGAGCGGACUCUUGAGACUUCUUUGUGGUUGGGGGGUCCUGGUGGUGUGCCUGUAGGGUUCCUUUGACCCUUCUGUUCCUCCCCUCUCUCCCUCUCUCUCUCUCCCACUCUCUGUGAUCCUAAACAACUUGGGUUUCUGAAAACAAUCUCCCUGCACAGUUUUUUCUCUCUGCCUCUGCGUCCACGUCCGUUGUGACGCUUGGCCACGCGGAUCUCGCACCCGGGUCCCUUCGCUCUUUCCUCUCCCCUCCCUUGUCACGCAGGCAUGGGCUGCUAGGAAUUGUGGGAGUUUGAAGUCCAAAACGGAGGGAGGGAGGGAGGGAGGGGGGGAGGGAGGGGAAUUGGUCAGUGUGGCCUGGCCCAAGGCCUUCGUCUUGUUCUUCUUGUUCUUCUCCUUCUCCUCCUCCCCUCUUGAUCUUUCUUUCCUCGCCUUCUUCCCCUCCUUUUCUUCUUCUCCUCUUUCUUCUUGAAACCCCUUCCUCUUCUUCAUUUCUUUCUUCUCUCUCCUCCUUCUCUUUCUUCUCCUUGUUCUUAUCGUUCUCCUCCUCUUCCUCUCCUUGUUGUUCUCCUCUCCUCCUCCUCCUCCUUCUUCUUUUCCUCCCCUUCUUCCCCUCCUUUACUUCUUCUCCUUCUCCCUCCACUUCAGUCCAGCUCUUGUGUCUGUGCUGAACUCUAAGGCAGCGCCCAAACACCUCUUCUUCCUCUCUUCUUCUUUUUCUCCUCCUUAUUGUUGUCUUCCUUUUCUUCCUACUCUCCUUUUUCUUCUCUUUCUCUCCUCCUCAUUCCUCUUUUCCUCCUCUUGUCUUCCUCUCCUUCGCCUUUUCUUCCCCCUCCUUUUUCUUCUCCUCUUCCCCUCCUCCUCCUUGUUCUUCUUCCUUUCCUCCUUUCUUUGGCUUCCUCUUCUUCUUGUUCUCCUCUUCCUCCUCUCCUCUCCUCCUCUCCUUUUUCUUCUCUUUCCCUUCUCCUCCUCCUUGUUCCUCUUUUCCUCCUCUUCCUCCUCUCAUCCUCCUCUUCUUUGUCUUCCUGUCCUUUUUCUUCUUCUUUUUUCUUCCCCUUCCUUUUCUUCUUCCUCUUCUUCUCUUCCUCUCCAUCUUUUUCUUCUCCUCCUCUUUCCCUCCUUGUUCUUAUUGUUCUCCUUUUCUUCCUCCUCCUCUCCAUCUUCUUCUUAUCCUCUCCUCCUCCUUGUUCUUCUUCCUCUCCUCCUCUUUUCCAAUUCUCCUCCUCUUCCUCCUCUUCUUUUUCUUACGCUCCUCCUCUUUGUGUUCUCCUCCUCCUCCUCCUCUUUGUCUACUUAUCCUUUUUCUUCUUUCUUUUCUUCCCCCUCCUUUACUUCUUCCUCUUCUCCUCCUCCUUGUUCUUCUUCCCCUCCUCCUCUUUUCCUCCUCUUCCUCCUCAUCCUCCUCUUCUUUGUCUUCCUCUCCUUUUUCUUCUCUUUCCCUCCUCUCAUUCUCCUCUUCUUUUUCUCCUCCUCCUCCUCUUCUUUGUCUUCCUGUCCUUUUUCUUCUUCUUUUUUCUUCCCCCUCCUUUUCUUCUUCCUCUUCCUAUCCGUCUUUUUCUUCCCCUCCUUCUUCUUCUCCUCCUUGUUCUUAUUGUUCUCCUUUUCUCCUCUUCUUCUCCUCUUCUUUCUCUUCCUCUCCUCCUCCUGCUCUUCCUUUUGCUCUUCUUCCUCUCCUCCUCUUCCUUGUUCUUCCCCUCCUCCUCUUCCUCCUCUUUGUCUUCCGGUCCUUUUUCUUCUUCCUCUUCUUCUCCUCUUCCUCUUUUUCUCCUCCUCCUCUUCCCCUCCUCCUCCUUGUUCUCCUUGUUCUUAUUGUUCUUUUCUUCCUCCUCCUCUCCAUCUUCUUCUUAUCCUCUCCUCCUCUUUUCCUCUUCUCCUCUUCUUCUUCCUCCUCUUCUUUGUCUCCCUUUUCUUCCUCUUCUUCUCCUCCUUAUCGUUCUUAUUGUUCUCCUUUUCUUCCUCCUCUCCUCCUCCUCUUGCUCUUCCUUUUCCUCUCCUUCCUCCUUCUUUUUUCUUACGACAACCAGGAGAAAGAUGCAGAGUGUUGUCUUGUGUGUCCCUUGUGUGUGUGUGUUUGUGAGAGAGUGUGCGAGAGAGAGCGGCCUCCCACCCGCUGCUGUGGCUGCCUAUGGGGAACCGAGUCGGGCUCUUGUUUGGUUUUUGUACAGAAUCAUGUUCCUCCCUCUUCCAAUCAUGACGUUGACGUUUCCCACGGACGGGUGGCCUUUUGCGCCCCGUGUCCCUCCAAAGCCUUUCUUCCUUUUUCUCUCUUCCAAGUCUUUAUGUCCAAUUUUUUUUGGCUUCCGGGGCCAUCGACUUUGGGCCUGUUUUGUUCUCGGAGAGGAAACUUGGCGUGUUUGUAUGUGCGUGUGCGUGUUCGCACCAGUGACGACGACGAUUGGCUUUUUCUCGGCUUCGUCUGACCUGCGUGUUUGAAAAUCACACGCGCACUUAUAUAUAUAUAUGUGUGUGUGUGUGUGUGUUGUUAGGACUUGGUUCUCCUUCUUCGAAGAGGCUUGAGAAGCAACGGGAAGUCGGGAUGCAAACGUAGGACUUUGCGGUCUUUUAGAAAGGUUUCAGUUUCCGUGUACAGGAAUUAGGAUUAUUUGUGCGUGUGUGCGUGUGCGUGUAAAGCUUGCAAGCUUCUAACCGGGGGGGGGGGGGGGGUAAAAAGCCCACGCGUGUUGUAAUUAUGCGUUUUGAAAUAUGGGAAGAUGUAAAUAAAGAUGAAUUCCGCAAAGUGGG